UCUACGAUCCGUUGCUCGUCGAGUUCAAACUUCGAGUCCGAUCCGAUUGGUUGGUUGUUAAGCCGUGCGCCUCUUUUUGUUGUGGUUUUUUGCGAGCGAAGAGCAACAGGACCUCUGCGCCGUAUUCAAAGUAAUUUUAUUUAAAAGCAAUUAAAAAGCUGAUUUUUUUAUUUUUGCAAUGCAAUAUUCGCGGAACCAAUAACAACAACGACACAUAACUCAACUUUCAAGUGCAAAGCAAAUAAAAACCAAACCAAUAUCAGAAAGAAAAAAAUAGAGAAAAACAAAACAAAAAAACGCAAAAUAAAGAAUAUUUUCUGUCUUGUCCAGUGGAAUAAAAAAAACAACAACAGCAACAACGAAAAAAUCAAGAUCAAAAUCUCUUGAACAAGAACAACAAAAUGUCUGCUACUAUAGUGCAGAAAUCAACGACGGUGGCUAAUUCGCAUUAUUUCGAGUGCGGCGACAUAUUCCAGGCGGUGGCCAGCGACCGCGAUCGCGAUCAUCUCCAGCAGCAACAGCAGCAGCAGCAGCAAGUGGAGCUCGUCCUGGACAGCAGCAACAUGGAGCAGCAGCACCAGCAGCCACAUCGCCUUCAUGGCGCCCUCACACGCACCAUUUCACAGCCGGCCCAGCAGCGCCAUCAGCUCAUCCAGCAGCAGCAGCAGCAGCAGCAACAGCAGCAACAGCAACAGCAGCAACAGCAACCGGUGGUGGCCAAUCUGGUGACCAUCAUCGAGAACCUGGGCAACAUGAACCUGCACCGUAAGCUGGAGCGAACGCAGUCGGAGCCACUGCCUCAGCAGCCGAUGAAUACCUCCAGGUACAAGACGGAGCUGUGCCGCCCGUUCGAGGAAGCCGGAGAAUGCAAGUACGGCGAGAAGUGUCAGUUCGCCCACGGAUACCACGAGCUGCGCAACUUGCAGCGGCAUCCCAAAUACAAGACGGAGUACUGCCGCACCUUCCACAGCGUGGGCUUCUGUCCGUACGGACCGCGCUGCCACUUUGUCCACAAUGCGGACGAGGCCCGUGCCCAGCAGGCGGCUCAGGCAGCCAAGUCCCAGUCCUCCCAGUCGCAGUCGCAGUCGCAGUCGCAGAAUCAGCAGCAGCAGUCGUCGCCGAACUUCUCAUCGAAGAGCAACCAGAACAGCAAUAGCAACAGCAGCAGCAGCAGCAGCAGCGGCAGCAGCAACAUCAGCAACAUCAGCAACAUCAGCAACAACAGCAGCCAGUUCUAUCUGCCACUAAGCCCGCCGCUGAGCAUGAGCACGGGAUCGGACAGGGAAUCGCCCACCGGCUCGUUGUCCCUCAGUCCAACCAACUCGCUGACCAGCUUCCCGUUCCACGAUGCCAUGCAGCAAGGCUACAUGGCCUCCAAUGGCGGCACGAGCAACAGUUCCGCUUCGUCCACAUCCUCGGCCUCUGGACUGGGUCUGGGCAUGACCAUGGGCAUGGGAAUGAGCCAAGGCAUGGGCAUGGGCAUGGGACAGGGCAUGGGCAUGGGUAUGGGUCAUCAUGGACCCGCCACGCCACCCGAGAGCCCCAAUGUACCCAUUUCGCCAGUGCAUACGCCGCCGCCGUACGAUGUGGUGGUCAGUGGAUCCGGAGUGGGCAGCGCCAACGGCAAGCAGCUGCUGCAGAAGAGCGUUAGCACACCGAUGCAACAGGAGGAGGCGUCCAGGCUGCCGGUUUUCAACCGUCUGAGUUCCGCCGUUGAGGCCUACCAGCAGCAGUCCAAUUUGGGACUCUAAGAAGGAGCGAGCCAGCCAGCAAAUGACGUCCCACAGACACAAAAACAAACCCUAUCCAGCAUCCACUCACGCCCAUCAAAGCAUCCCUCCAUCAACAACAACAGCAUCUUUGACAAAAUCUCAGUAACGACCAACCCAUGGAAACUGGAAAGAACUCCCGUGCAAUCCAAAAUAGCAAAACCAAAUUACCCAAAAAGGCAACUGGAUUUCCGGGGCGCUUAAAAUGCAGCACAAGUGUACAACAAGUAUACGCCACCGAAAAAGCAGGCCACUGCCAAGCACACACACACACAUGCCUCCCCUAAAAUUUUGUGAAACGAUCUUUGAUAUGAUUUCUCUCAAGCUGUGACAGUCAAUCGUUUUCGUUAGAUAUGAGAAGGACCGAACCGCAGACGACGGGACGAUUAGGUAGAUGGUAGAUAGAUACGUAAAUGACAAACAAACAAUCCAAGCAAACGAUGAUCUUAAACUAAAAACUAAACACUAAAUACUAAAAACUAAAGAAAAGUGUAAGCAGAACACGAAACAUUCUUUAAACUGGACAAGAUGAUAAGAUAAGGACGAAAACGGACUAUUGGGAAUCUUCAGCAAAUGUUGCUCAAAUCAAAAUCAACAAACGGCCAACGACGAACGUGAAUAUUCGUUCCUGCAUUUAUUAUAGGACCUACUGCAGUGCACCCAUUAGAGCCCCUGCACACACCUGUCGCUUUUGUUCAAUAUUUAUAUGCCACGCAAUUUUGGAUUAGUCUAAUGUUAAAAUUGAUUAUCGGUAUAUAUACAUAUGGCCAGCACCUGUAUAUAUCCUCCGAUAUGGAGGAAAAAAAAAGAGAGAGAGAGUAGAGAGUUGGUCCCAUGUCUUCCAAUCCAACCCAAUCCAAUCCAACCCAAUCCAAUCCAAUCCAAUCCAAGCCAAGCCAAUCAAUUAAUCAAUCAAUCAAUACAGAUGAUAAUGAUAGAAACGGACAGAAACGAAGUUAAGGAAAUUCUUUAAUUUAUUAUUUUUUGCUAAAUUUAUGUAAUAGAGAACGUUGUGUAUAUACGAGAGUUAAUAUUUUGAUAAAGUUUAUAAAUUAUAUUUACCAAUUACAUUACGAUUACGGUUACAUGAUGAUGAUCUUGGAUGAUAUGAAUAUUAUUGAUGAUAUACCUCUGCAAUUUGUGCAACCAAUCACAACAACAAACAAACA